AUGGGCGAUUCAUUGUUUGGACUUUCCACUGAGUCACGCACCAUCAUUGAUCAUUACCUGCAGUGGACUCGUCUGGCGUGCGACGGCUUGAAGCGCGGUGUCCACUUGGAUGCCGCCAGCCACCAGGUGGGAAACAUACUGCAGGAGACUUACACAAAGGAUGAGCUCAAGGACAUACUUAGUGGCCACACUGCGUUGUUGCUCCACUCGCUGGAUGCCCGCAUCGAGAAGUUUGCGGGCUCCUCUGCGGAGCUGCUGCGUGCGGUCCUUCGGGACGCUGAUCGUCAACGCGUGACAAUUAAAGUGGACGUGGACGCAGUGCUGAACGCUGCUGCUGCUGCCAGCGCCGCCCCCGCGACUUCUGCGGCCACCGCCACCACCACCACCACGGCGGGGGCUGCUGCUACCAGUCUAUUGCUGGACCAUGAGCGGCAACUCCUCAGUGGACCGUGUGGUCGUCUUGCACCGCUGACAGUCGCCGACGCCGAAGGUGAGGCCAUCCGGCAGCUUGCUGAAGCCAAGGAGGAGAUACACCGUCUGCAGGAGAAGGUGCGCUGUCUCGCAGACGCGUACGCCCAGGUGAUGAGCAUGCGGUCUGUCGACACAACGACGCUGUUGUCGAUGUCCGAUGCCCUUCAGUUGCGUAACGUAGCAGCGGCGGCGGCGGGAAAAAAGGAGCAGGACGAGGCUCUAAACCAGUCCGUGGAUGAGCUGCGAAUGGCGUUGGCGUCGGCGAGACUGGAACUGAACACGCGACUGAACCAGUCAACCCAAUAUCAGGAUAUGAAGAGGAUCUUGACGCACAAGAACAAGCAGAUUAGGACGCUGCGGGCACACCUCGCGGAGUACGAUCCCGCAUUCUUGCAGAAGGACAACGACGAUGGCGACAUGAUAGUGGAAGAAGAUGACUAA